CCCCAGUCAGUCAGUCGGGUGGCGAUCGUCGAGCGGACAGCAUUCAAACGGAGUACACAAACGCGGGUGACAAACUGUGAUUCGGUGCACGAAGACUACGACGAAGAAGAAAUAUCCUAGCGGACGCCAUAUUGGAAAAUCGGCCAGAAUGGUCCGAUUUUAUCACAUUUUGAUCGGUUUCCUGCUUGCAUUCGCUGAGAGCAAGCGGGAAAUUCCGGUGGGUGCCAUCUUCCACGGGGACAACUACGAGGCGGAGAUCGCCUUCCGGUAUGCCAUCGAGCGGGUCAACAUGCACGAGAAACACUUCGAGCUGGUUCCCUUGGUCAAGUACGUUUCACCCGAGGACAGCUACAAAACGGAACGGAAGGCAUGCGAACUGGCGUCGGAGGGCGUCACGGCGAUCUUCGGUCCCAGCUCGAUGCUAACCUCGGGCAUCGUUAGUUCGAUCUGCAAGACGAUCGAAAUUCCGCACAUUAUCACCCACUGGGAUCCGGAACCGCUGGGUGGAAUCGAUCCGGAGCUGCAGGCGAUGACGAUCAAUCUCUAUCCGGAGGCGGACGUCUUGUCGCACGCUUUGCGCGACCUGAUCGUGGACUACAGCUGGAAGAGUUUCACAAUCAUCUACGAUAUCGACGAGGGGUUGAUGAGGCUGAAGGAUGUGCUGCAAAUUCACGGACCCGCCGAUAGUCCAAUCACGGUGCGACAAAUUGACGACAAUCCGGAUUACAGACCACUGUUGAAGGACAUCCAGGCGUCCGGGGAGAGUCACAUCAUACUGGAGGUUGAUCCGAGCAAGAUCGUUGAGAUUCUACGCCAGGCAAAGGAGGUUAAAAUGCUAGAAGAGUAUCAAAGCUACAUAAUUACCGCGCUGGAUGCUCAUACCCUAGAUUUCGAAGAGAUUAAAAACUCCAGAUCGAACAUCACUACGCUGCGGUUGAUGGAUACGAAGAGUUUUGACAUCAAGAAUGCGGUCCAUGACUGGGAGCAGGGGGAAGCCAGGAAGAAGCGAGUGUUCCGAGUUUCACCGGAACACGUUCAGACCGAAUCGGCGCUGUACAACGAUGCGGUUAAAAUUUUCGCAACGGCGAUCAGAGAGUUGGACGCCACCGAGGAGAUCACCCCAUCGAAGUUGUCCUGUGGUAGCAAGAAUUUAAGACAAUGGCCGUUUGGUCUCCGGAUUGUUAACUAUAUGAAAGUUAAAACGGAACACGGCAUUACGGGACCGAUAAUUUUUGACGACAAUGGCCGUAGGACGCAUUUUCAUCUGGACAUCAUCGAGUUGAACCCGCAGGAAGGCUUCAAAAAGAUCGCUAUCUGGGAUCCACAGCAUGGUAUCAACUAUACUCGUAGCCAGGAGGAUGUUCAUAUGCAGAUCGUGGAAUCACUGCAGAACAAAACAUUCGUCGUGGCCUCACGUAUCGGAGCCCCGUUUCUGACUUGGAAAGAGAAGAAGGAAGGCGAGUUCCUCGAAGGAAACAAUCGUUUCGAGGGUUACUCUCUGGAGUUGAUCGACGGAAUUUCCAAAAUUUUGGGUUUCCAAUAUCGGAUGGAGCUCGUUCCGGAUGGGAAGUAUGGGUCCUACAAUAAGAAUACAAAAAAGUGGGAUGGACUGGUGAAGCAUUUGUUGGAUCGGAAAGCUGACUUGGCUAUAUGCGAUCUAACCAUCACUUACGAACGACGAACAGCUGUAGACUUUACCAUGCCAUUCAUGACCUUAGGAAUUAGUAUUCUCUAUGCCAAACCAGUGCCCCAACCGAAGGAUCUCUUCUCGUUCUUGUCACCGCUGUCACUCGACGUGUGGAUCUAUAUGGCCACCGCUUACCUCGGAGUUUCGGUUCUGCUGUUCGUGCUGUCCCGUAUGGCUCCGGCCGAUUGGGAAAACCCACAUCCCUGCAAACAGGAUGAAGUCGAAGAGGUGGAAAACAUCUGGGAUAUGCUGAACGCUCUCUGGCUUACCAUGGGUUCCAUCAUGGGUCAAGGUUGUGAUAUUCUGCCGAAGGCCGUUUCGACGCGAGUGGUCGCCGGAAUGUGGUGGUUCUUCGCCCUCAUCAUGCUCUCCUCGUACACCGCCAAUCUGGCUGCGUUCUUGACGAUGGAACGUAUGGAUGCGACCAUCGAGAGUGCGGAAGAUUUGGCCCAGCAGAGCAAGAUCAAGUACGGAGCGGUGUCGGGUGGAAGUACGUUGAGCUUCUUCCGUAGCUCUAACUUUUCCACCUACCAGAGGAUGUGGGCCGCGAUGGAGUCCACCAGACCGUCGGUUUUCACCAAAGAUAACGACGAGGGAAGGGACCGAGUGCUGAAGGGACGUGGGAUGUAUGCGUUCCUUAUGGAGUCAACAUCGCUGGAGUACAUUACGGAACGGUACUGCGAGCUGACCCAAAUCGGUGGGUUACUUGACUCGAAAGGUUACGGAAUUGCCAUGCCUGUCAACUCUCCCUAUCGUACCGCUAUUUCGGGAGCGGUGCUGAAAAUGCAGGAAGAAGGUAAGUUACAUCAGCUGAAGACCAGAUGGUGGAAGGAGAUGCACGGAGGUGGUCGAUGUGAUGAGAGUGCAACGACAUCCGCUGCCGACAGUGCUGCCGAGUUGGGCAUUGAUAACGUGGGCGGUGUUUUCGUGAUUCUCAUUUUUGGCUGCGUCUGUGCUUUCAUAAUAGGGAUUCUGGAGUUCUUGUGGAACGUUCGCAAGGUGGCAGUUGAUGAGAAGGUAACACCAUGGGAGGCUUUGAAAGCUGAGCUGAAAUUUGCUCUUAAUUUGUCCAUAACGAGCAAACCGGUACACAACACACUCAGUGAAUCGUCGUCCAGCAAGAGUUCGUCACGUUCGAAAUCCGAAUCCAGACGUGAUUCGGGAUCAGCUGGAAGAAUGAAUAAUAUCAGAACGGGAGCUAGCCUGAUGAACUUGAAUAAAAUUGGAUUCGUCCUGAACAACAAGUAGUUCGCUCAAUAUUUGUGUGUAUAGUGAAUCAAUGUAGAUUAAAAUCCUGUAGAAGACAUAUAAAGAAGGAGCAAGAACAUAUGAAACUAAUUUUGAAAGCCGGACGUAUUGCUGAGCAGUAAAUCAUGUCAUCUUUACAUUGAAUUGUUGCCAGAAAGAAUCAGUUUGUAAACAGUAGCCUUCAUAUAAGAUUUAUUAUUAUAGAUCAUUAGAUUUAACCGAGAACCUUUCAAGCCUACUAGACGUACACAUACAAAAAUAAAACAAUGUUUUCCCAUUAGAUGACAGCACAAUACUGUAUACUAUUUUGCGUUGGCUAAAUUGUUGAUACAAUGGGCGUAUGAAUGAAAAAAAAAGUAUCAAAGUUGUGUGAGGCAAGACGUGCCGUCUCAUAUAUCACCCUACAUUAUAUGCCGUCUCGAACUCGAUCAACUAUCACAACCGCAGCUCCCGCCAGACAGAGUCAAACAGCCAACGAGGUGAGACGUGUAUUCGUGUUGCGGGCGCAUUGGGUGAUUUCCAGCGGCGGUUUCAAGUUACACAGUUGGCGACCGAGACAGGUUUUGUUGUGUUAUCGCGUAAUACAACUAUCAAAACAAACUAAAUUUCUUCGAAAUCACCCAUUGGCGUCCAUUAAAUAAUUUGGUGCGACCUUUGAGGAAGUAAAUCCAAAGUAAUGGAUUUGUUGUGCUCAAGGAAAAGUGAGUUGAGCCGCAAUUUUCUAUGUGCGAUGUGAAAUAGAGAGGCGUAUGAUAAGUACGCAGUGAGCAGUUGUGAGCAGCGCGAACAUUAGGCAAGAUGUGAGAACCGCCGAUUAAAGUGUGCCCUGGAAGAGCUACACAAAAUAGUAACAAUUAUGAAAGAAACAGCGUGUUGAGAGGAUAGCUGGAAUAAAAUGCGUGUUGUGAGAACCGCAGACACUGAUGGAAAAAGGCGUGUUGUGAGGAUCGCCGAAUUAAAUGUGUGCUGGGAGAGCCAUAAGAAAUAGAUACAAUUAUGAUAAGCAGCGUGUUGAGAGGACAGCUGGAAUAAAAUGCGUGUUGUGAGAACCGCAAACACUAAUGAAAAAGGGCGUGUGGUGAUGAUCGCAAACAAUAGUUAAAAAGGCGUGUUGUGAGGAUCGCCGAAUUGAAUAAAUGCCGGGAGAGCCACAUGAAAUAGAUGCAAUUAUGAUAAACCGCAUGUUGAGAGUACAGCUGGGAUAAAAUGCGUGUUGUGAGAACCGCAUAUAUUAACGAGAAGUCGGGCUGUGAGAAACGCCAAUUGAAAUGUACACUGAGAGAGCUGAAUGAGAUAAAACAUGAUUAUACAAGAAUCGUGUAAGAGCAAAGUGUGUAUUGAGAACAGCAAAAUUCUAUGUUCCCUGGGAGAGCUACAUAAAAGAAACGAAGGGUGAAACGCAUACGUACAUAGCCAGUUAAGAAGGCCGCUCGCUUGAUGUAUGCAUGCAGAAGAAAUACAAACACAUCUUUGAAGUGCCUAUCAAAAUGGUUUGAAGGGGAAGAAGGAAAAAGGCGCAGAUGAGUAUGAGUGAAACGAACUCAGUUGAGUGAUGUUUAUGAGAGCACCGAAAAAAGCAAUUAAGUGAGAAUACUUUCCGUACCCCUCAUCGAUUAGAUGAAGGUGAAGUUGUAAAAUGCAAACUCUGCUCUGCCAAGAUCUAUCUAUCAGACGCAUAGAGUGAUGAAUAACGUGACCUUACCACAUUCUACGGAGCAAUCCGAAUGUGUCGUUUUACUUGAAUGAUAUUCGGCAUCGUUAGAGCACCGGAAUGUUCAUCGCGAAAUCGUGCGUAUCCUCGAGGCUCCAGAUAAUAAUAUUGUAUAAUAAAAACGCAGAAAUUAGCUGAGAAAGACAGUUCCUCAAGUCCUGCAAAUCCAAUCACCUUUCUCUAAGUGCACGUUGAAUCAGGCGCGUAAUGUAUUCUUGAGAAACGAGUUUAGUGAAAAUGGUUUUAAUAUUGAAGCGUCAAAGAUAAAAUAUAAAUAAAGCUUCCGACAGUCAUCCACUUUAUCUGAGCUUACGUCGAGAAUUUUGCGAGAAUGUAUGCUCCCUUGUGGUCAGUUAUAAAAGCGCUGAAAUGAAGCUGUGACAAAGAACAUAAAAUCGCUUUCAAGCUCGUUAAGCAACGCAUGAUUAUUUCGGUGAUAUCUUUGUGAUUUUGUUCGGAGUCGAACAAAACUAUUUUGUUUACAGAUGGCAUUGGGCACUGUAUUGUUCCAAGUAAACAACGAAGAUACACCACUAAUAAAAAGUUUUGCAUCAAAAUCAUACACAGCAACUGAGAGAAUAUAUGUAUGCUCAAAAUCAUACACAGCAACUGAGAGAACUGAGUGCAGUGUAGACAGUGUAGUAAUUUUAUUGUAGGACAGUGUAUUUUGCAAAGAAAUAAGUCCGUAUGAACUUUGCUACUUAGAUUCAAGAAAUUUUGAAUGCACGAAGCGAGACGAAACGAUGAUAUAUGCUAACCAUGCCAUGACAACUCAAACGUGGCCAAUGAGCUUGAUGAAAUUCAAAUCCACAGCGGCGAUCUGGAUUUCACAAGAACAAGCAUAGCGGAAAAUGGAUGCGCCGUCAUCCCCCAACAGCUUCAAGGAUAAACAUUGGGGAUAGCUCACGCAAACAUCCACAUAAAGUUGAAAAGUUUUCUCCGUUGAGAGGUGUGGCUUGCAAUGGCUUUUGACGCAAAAAAGUGAGUAAAAUAAUGUGCAAUUUAUUUCGUAAUGAACGACCGGAAAGGUUACCUCCCAUGUAAAGAAAGUUUGCUCCAUAAUGCGUAUGGAAACCGUUGCUAUUGACAUAACAAGACUUGAGCUUGGAUGAAUAUCGGAACAUCAGAAUGUCGAUAGCCAAUAUAAUAGAUCGUCCAAUCAAGUACACCAUAGCAGGACCUGUUAAAUCUUCAAAGUUUGAGCAAAUCCACAAAGUUUUAGCAAACCUACAAAGUUUGAGCACCAGUAUAGUGUUGGAUGAGCUUCCCAAGAACAAUGAAGUAUGAAAAUGGUCGCCAUUUAAGGGUGAAAGUUAUGCUAAGUAUAAUUUGUAACGAAUAAGAUGAAACUGGGCGAUCUCAAAGCAAAAACGACAGUUAAUUCAGCACGACGCGUUUGAGCAGAAGAAUUAGAAGAUAACCUUGAUGAAUAUUAGGCGGAAGGUUAAACUGUAAUGAACUUCUAAUAGAGAUAAUAUAUCGAAACAGUUCCCA